GUUCAAGGCUGCAUUUGACAUCUUCAUCCAGGAUGCAGAGGACGGCUGCAUCAGCACCAAAGAGUUGGGGAAGGUGAUGAGGAUGCUGGGACAGAAUCCCACCCCUGAGGAGCUACAGGAGAUGAUUGAUGAGGUGGAUGAGGAUGGCAGUGGCACAGUAGAUUUUGAUGAGUUCUUGGUUAUGAUGGUACGCUGCAUGAAGGAGGAGAGCAAAGGAAAAUCAGAGGAGGAGUUGGCUGAGCUGUUCCGCAUGUUCGACAAGAAUGGUGAUGGCUACAUAGACUUAGAGGAGCUGAAAGCCAUGCUGGAGUCCACUGGAGAGGCCAUCACAGAAGACGAUAUCGAGGAGCUGAUGAAGGAUGGAGACAAAAACAAUGAUGGGAAAAUUGAUUAUGACGGUACAUAAGUAGUACAUGUAAUGU